AUGGAAACAAGUAUACUUUUUAUCAGGUUUGUUUCAGAUUGGGGUGUAAAGGUGGCGAACUUAGACACUUCGGACACUGGUUUCUCCUCAGAUGAGGAUGAAUCUAGUGGCGAAAGAGGAUGUGCGGUGGGAGGAGCGGAAAAUGCCGUCGAUAAGUUUUCAGUGCGGCCUAAAAUUAACAACAUAUAUGAACAGGUUCGAAACAAUCUUCCGGCUAUCGAAGACAACUUAUCGGAGGAUGAUUCGGACAGCGAGAUUAAAAUAUUCACUCGGAAUCUGCCUAGUUUGGGGCCUAAAGUGUAUACAGACUUCGUGGAUGAUCCGGAAGAACUGAAAGGUCUUAUCGACCACAGCAAGAGCAGAAGUAUACGGAGUAUUAAUCAAGCGGCAACAUCUUCUUCUCAGACGUCUACUGUAACUAAGAAUGGCGACGGUGAUCAUACUCCUGCAGCGAAGUUCGAGUCGAAAGUCAAUGCCGCUCUGCAGUCUAAGGCGGCUGACAAGAAAAAUGCUAAAACAAAGAAAUUGGAAGAUUUCGAACAGGAAGCUGACAGAAUGGUGCGAGAGGUGUUUGCGUCUGAUGACGCUUCUGCAGAUUUUGCAUACGUUCAACCCAUAAUGUUGUCAACUCAUGGACUCACCCAGAAUUCAUUUGACACCUUUCUUGGUCGAGUUUCUCCUGAUAUGAGGGAAGUUGUUUCACCAGAGAAUUCCAGUCGAUUGGAUUACACAGACUCAAACAUAUUCAGACCAGUUCAAAAUGGAACGGGUUCCGGUGACAGACAGCAGACAAUUGGUGCACCAAAACGAAGUUUGAUGCCAUCCUACGAUCCAGAUACUGCCAAUGAUAUGCUUAUGGACAAACUCUCUAAACUAGCGUUUCGACAACAGGAAAAACUCGAGAAAGCUGCUGCUGAUCGCCAAGAAAACAUAAUCAAGUCAGUCGGAAUCCAAUCCAAACCUGCCAUUGUUAAAAACACGAAACAAGUGGAGCCAAAUAGUGCAACUCGAAUGAUAAGCGCGCUGACAUCCACCGACUCUGAACUUGAGUCUUUAAUCAGAGGACCUUCUAAAGUCGAAACUGCCACCGGAUCGACGUCACCUAUUACUUUCGACACUUCUGCGAAGUUUAAAUCAACAGGAAUUAGCACAAGCAAUAACCAAUCUGGAACUGAACGUGUGGUUCACUUUGCCGGAUCCAAUUACGCUCGUCAUUCGGCACAGAUAAUGGCGGAUCCGUCUCUUCUGAAUACCCAAUCAGAUUCGAGUGAUUCUGAAGAAGAUUCCGACAGGUUUGUCUCCACUUCUCGACUGUGGCAUGAGGAACGUCGAAUGGUGAAACAGCAGAUCAACAAAAACCAGAUCGAAUCUAACCAGAAGUCGAACAACAGGGCGCUCAGCAGCAUUGUCAACAAGUCGACAACGGUCGAGCUCGACUUAGCUGACCAGAAGUGGGGAAAGUCGAAAAAUGAAAAAAAUGACAUUGAGAAACUUGAUCUGAUUGAGUCAUGGGCGUGGCCUAAAGAGGACGCUUGGCUCUUGGAGAAAGACGACCAACAAGAUGAAGUGACGAAUAAGGAAAGUGCGAUUAGUGUGUCAUCUUUCAGGACGGAUUCGAUUCCUGACGAAUACGCGGAUGAAGAUGAAUUUAUGGAUUCAGAGGAGAGCAGCUUUCUCAAGAGCUCAAUGGACGAAAAUUUCGGAACUUUCCGUCCACGUGAACUGAACAAAAAUGAAUCGCAGGAUGACGUAACGAGAGAUGAUGCAAUACAGGUAGAGGUGGUUGAUUACGAAGAGAUGAUUAUUCAACGUAAAAAAGAAAGGGUUAGAUUGGAAGCGAUAAGGGAAUCAAGGCUGCGAUUGAAAGAGCAGUUGAAUAGUAUAUACAAGCACGACUGUCAACAGAAGGAGCAGUUUCCAGCAUACAAUACAGAGCCGGUCUAUGAUAUCGAUGAAAGCUACUCGGACGCAAUUGCCCCGCUACCCGAAAAUUCAGAAUUCAAAUACGAAGACCUCUUAUUGCUUACAAUUAAAAUGAACAAACCCAACGGCAUCAAUAUCGAAUCCAUCUCAGAGUUACAUUCGCAUCAAAAAGAUGAACCCAAUAACUCAAUGCAGAGCAUUGGUUGUUUCUGUGCGGUACUCACUUGGCUUUUGUCAUUGGCCAAAAGUACAAAAGACAUUUACACGAGCUACCAGAAAGUUAGAAGCUCCAGCACAGAUUCGGAUUUCUACGUGCCUUUCUCGACAGUUUCAAUGCAACAAACAGUGUUGCAGUCUGAAUUGAUUGUGCAUGUUGCGAUUUGUCCAGCGUACCCUAUUUCGUUUCUGCGUGAUCACUUUCUGAAGACGAAGAAAAAACCGAAGGCUGGCCAGGGUUCAAACAAGAACAUUUUCUACCAAAUAGUGUCCAAGUUUCUGAGUAGCGUUAAAUUGCAAGAUGUAAUUGAUUGGGAUACGGAUUUAAUCGCUAGUAGAGUGCUUGAGAAUCAUGUUUACAAACCGAGAAUUUCAGACUGUUUACUAUCAUCAAUCAUUUCGAUAUCUGGGGACAAAAAGCAAUCAAUUCAUCUGUUCGACUCAUUACCUGGGUUUUUCUGGCACACUAUAAAUACUCCUGAAUGUCUAUUGAAAAUUUCGGAUUUUGAUGUAUAUUUGACGGAGUUCGAUUCUGAAAGUGCCUCAUAUUCAACUGAAAAUGCUGUCUGUUUAGUCGACGAAGAAAUUUACGGAGACAGAAUUAAAAUGUACCAUCUGCUGAUGAAGCUGCUGCAUAUGCAGCUUGACCUAUCAGGCUUAAGGCUUCUUCACCCAACAGUUGACCAGUUAGAAAAUUCAGUCCAUUACCACCAGUUCAAAGACUUCUCAAAGUAUGGUACAGACAAGAAUACCCAAGUUUCAGUUUUGGCGCUGGCUUUGAGAGGACACAAUGCGUUCAACAAGUGGAAUUGUGUGGUUGGUCAUUUGAACCCAGUGCUCGCUAAAAUCACUGAACCAAAUAGUUUGACAGCAAUGUUUGGUAGCGAUUCGAGUUGCUACAUUUACGUUCCAAGAAAUCAUUCACGCCAGGAGUUUGUGAAGUAUUUUGGAACAAGACUUGACGUUUCUAGUUCAGUAAACACGAAAGAAUGUAGGUUUUACUCCAAAUUAAAUACGUCUUCUGAUGUCAAAGUUGAAAAGCCGAAAAGUCAUAAAGAUAUGACGGAAAGUUCCUCAGAUGACGUAAUUGCAUCACCUCCGAGCAUGCUUUGUGCUGUCAUUCACUCAUACAUCAUUCUCAUCAUUUCGCCAUUAGUGCCUUUCCAGAUCUCAGGUUAUAUAUUAUCCGUAUGCCAAGAAUAUGGAUUCGAAUUUCGUGGCCUCAGAAGAAGCUUUAUGGACCAUAAAACGAGUCAUGUAAUGGGUAUUCCAAAUAGUUCUUUCGGCUGUUUCUUCCAAAACGACAAGCCAGAACCUGCUACUUGUAUAAGACUAAGCGGAGAGAAUGCAUCAUCACAUUGCUGGAUGCUCAUAAACAACAUUUAUAACCAACUGUGGGGUCGCUUGUCAUGGAGAAUUGACCCCGAGUUUAAAAACAAAUUGUUCUUUUGUGUCAACGAAACUGCAGCAGUAAUCCAAUGCUUAGGAGGGGAUUUUGAGUCUUCUCCGAAUCAUUUGUCAACCGGAUCACUGCCACGCUACAUCGAUGAUUACGAAACUGACAUCUACACUGAGUCUCUCUGUGUUGUGUGUUUUGUCGGAAAAGCCGAACUUAGAUCAAUAGGAUUCGAGCUGGGAAAACUGUCAAAUCUCGUCUAUGAAAGUCGCUUUUCGCCACAAUACGAUGCUCCAAGAUCUACCACUUUCUCCUGCGAAGAAAUGGAGAUAUUGGGAAUUAAAUACAGAACAAAACUGACUAAGUCGCAAUCAAGAGAGCUGACGGUUUUUGAAGUCGGGGAUCCAAGUUACUCGGCUAGUUUGGAGUUCUUGUCGAACAACCCAUGUGUGACUGUUUGUGUGCGAGGUUUGAACGUGUUUGAAAAAGUGAAAAAGGUAUUCAGUAUCGACAGCAAAGGUGUAGCGGCUGUGCUUCCGAGUCACGCGUUCAAGAACCUAACUCGCUUUAUGAGUUACAACACAAAAGAGACUUAUAAACUGAUGAAGUUGUUCUUCGAUGACUCUGAACUGUUUUCGGACGAUGCUAUGAGAACUACUUUGUCGCAUAAACCAUGUGGAGUGGAAACGAGAGCAGUAAAACUAGCAAAGUUGGGACAAUUGGACAGCCAAGGAAGAGGAAAGCAAGCCAAACAAGACCUGAAAGGAUCGGUGCUAACUGUGAAAGUGGAAUCAAUUUACUCAACAAUUCUUGCAGGCCCUUCGAUUGUUCCAACAUGUUUUCUCGUGAAACCUGACGCGUGCUUCCGAUUCUUGCCUUUUGUGUUGAGAACCAUCUAUAAGGAGAAGUUUUCUGUUUUGGGAACGGAACUCCUGGAGUUGGGUGACGAGCACAUCAAAUUCCUCAAAUCACAGCUUCCGCCCGGUGCCAAUUCCUCCUCUGUGUUUCGGUGGUGUGACGAUGGCCCAGUAUGUGUUAUUGCGGUGGAGAGGACAUCGGCAGUAACUGCUCUAUUGCAGCUGAUUGGCCAGUCGACAAGUGACCCCCUCACUGCCAAAAGACUGUUCCCCAAGUCAUGGACUGCGCAGUUUGGAAGGGACGAGUUCGAAAACGGAUUCUUAGUUCCUCAGACGUACGAAGAGAGCGCGAGUUACCUCAACUUCUUUUUCCCUAAAGGAGUGCUACAUUCUAAGUCAUGGAACAAAAUGUCUCCAGGAUCUGACAGAGCACUCGCGUCCUUCCAAACCAGCAACAGAACUCUACUGCUGGAAAAAGACAGAUUGCUUUCUGAAGCCAAACUUUCACAAGAGGGUAACGCCAGCAAUGUAUUAUCAACUGCCCACUCCCUGCUUAACCAAGUCAACAUUCUCAUCUUGCCAAGCAAUCUACUUAAUACUAAACUUUCCGCAAAUUAUGUAACCUCACCAUACAACAGUAACCAUUUGGACCAUACUGGAGAGGUGCCUGUGUAUGUGGACAUUCUGAUCCAGCUGAAGACGAAGGGAGUAAAUAUUCUGGGAUUGAGGAUGCUCUCGAUGAGUGCAAAACAGUCGAAACUAGUGCUCAAAGUUCUCGGAAUGCAGAACGACCAACAGAAGAUGGAUCUGAUCUGUGGGGGACCUUGUCUGGCUGUGGCCUUUCACAGAGACAAUGCUGUCAUCUGUUUUGAACAGAUGCUCGGAAGUACAUACGACGGUAACUCGCUAUAUUCGAGAUACAAUGACCAAAUUAUCAGACCGACAAGUCUCAUUGAAGUCAACGUGUUACUGCCAAUGUUGUUUGAAAGUCUGGUAGACAAUGAUUAUGGAAUGAUCAUUUGUCCCUAGCCAAAAUACGAAGUUGGAUCAUAUGAUAAAUUCAUCGUGAAAACACUAUCAAUUUCUCUGCGAUUUUUGUAACUAAAUCAUUUGGUGCUACCGUUUUGCAUCGAUGGAUUUCAGCAUUAUCUCAGCAAAAGGUACGAAAAACUAUAUAAAUGAUAAAUGUCCAAUAAAUCUCAGAACCACUUUCUAGAUAAGUAACAGCUUUGCUUGGCUUAUGAACAGCUUUUGUUGUAAACUGCUUGAUUUCCAAAUCCUAUAAUUUGGUUCGGAAAGAUAAUUCCAAAAGCUCGUUACUUGAAUGAAAUAAUUGAAUCAAUCAAUUGUAAAUAAUUCUUUUUUUUUGUAAAAAUCGCUGUUGUAUUAUCCUGUUGUAAAUAAAGUCAUAUCAGUUCAGUUCAGUAAAAAUAAACGUAUACUCGA